AUGGCGAGCGAUGCGCCGCCGCCGGCGACGGCAGUAGUAGUGAUGAAGAAGGGGUCGUGGAGCCCCGAGGAGGACGCCCAGCUGACGAGGCUGGUGGAACAGCACGGCCCCCACCGCUGGAGCCUCAUCAGCGCCGCCAUCCCCGGCCGCUCCGGCAAGUCGUGCCGCCUCCGGUGGUGCAACCAGCUCAGCCCCGAGGUGCAGCACCGCGCCUUCACGGCGCACGAGGACGCCAUCAUCCUCGGCGCCCACGCUCGCUACGGCAACAAGUGGGCCACCAUCGCGCGUCUCCUCCCCGGACGCACCGACAACUCCAUCAAGAACCACUGGAACUCCAACCUGCGCAGGUGCAGGCGCCGAGCGGCGGCGUUGGCGGCGGCAGGAGCACCAUCCACCUCUUCCCGUGCUGCUGCUGCAGGAGGAACCCAGCAGCUAUUUCUGCAGCAGGACAUGGACAGCGCUCCGCCGGUGGCCGAUCAACAACCUGCUUCUGGUCUAGGGCUUCUCAACCCCAACAACCACCGCGACGACGACGGCGCUCUGCACGAACCGUCCACGUCUCUGUCCCUGACCCUGGGCCUGCCACUGCCGGAACCAGAAGCCGGGGCAUCGGCGACGGGCAUGAAAGCUGCAGACCAGCAGCCAUCGCCGCUGCCGCUGCGCAUGCCAGAAGAAGAAGGAAACGCGCAGGCGCAGCUCAUGGCGGUGGUGCGCCAGAUGGUGAGGGAGGAGGUGCAGCGCCAAACAGGGCAGCUCGCCUACUCUCUCAUGGCCGCCGCAGCCUGCUCCCGUCGCCCUCCGCAUGCAUCACAGGGAGGAGCGGCGCGGGGAGAGGGGUGGCGGCUGGCGUGGGGAGAGGGGUGGCGGUUGGCGCGGGGGAAGGGAGCGGUGGCCGACGCGAGGGGAGAGGGAGGAGCGGCGGCGCAGGGAGAGGGAGCGGCGGUGCGGGAAAGGGAGGAGCGGUGGUCGUGCAUGCAGAGGGGCGGUGGCGCAGGGGGGAGCGCAGGGGCAGGGGAGCGGCGGCGCGGGGGAGACGGAGGGUGGCCAGAGGAAGAAGAUAAUGUGGGUGAUGAUGACAUGUGGGCCCCGCAGUUGAUAGUUGGGACCCGUUGCUAA